GGGGGCCCUCUAGUGAGGGGCGGCCCCGGCCCCGGCGUGCCCGGUACAGCGCUCCGCUCCCCGCAGCGGCCUCGGCCCGGCGUUGGGGGCCCGGCCCGGCCGCGCCUGCUCGGUGCGGCGCGGCCAUGGCGGGGCUGGAGCCGCUGUACGCCUGGGCGCGGGCCGCCGUCUCCGGCCCGCAGGACGCGUUGAUCUGCGGCGUUCACUGGGAGCUGGUCCGUCAUGGCUACCGCUGCCUCGGCGCCGGCGACCAGCCAGGUCCUGAUGAAAGGAAGUCGGAGCUGCUGCCCGCUGGCUGGGAAGCCAACAAGGAGGUGUAUACACUGCGCUACAAGUCUAUGGAUGAUGCCUGUGAGCUGCUGCUGAAGGCCAUUGUGGUGGAAGACAGUAUGAUCCUCAACGUCAUGGAUCGCAGUUCUCAGAAGGUGGCAGAUGUGACCUUGGCAGUGGCUGACUACAUCAACCCAGAGCACCUGGACGAUUUCCACAAGGUGUACAAGAACACUGAGGAGCUGAGGACAAGAAUUGCUUCAGGCAUCAUCGCUCCCCUUGGGGCCCCUGCAGGAAAGGCCAAAAAGGAGCCUGAGACUGAGAAGAAGGAUCCUGACUUGCUCCGGGAUUAUGACCCCCUCAGGGUCCCUCCCCGGCAGCCGUCAGGCACGAGGGCACCAACCUGGCCUUCCCCCUUGAGCCCCUUCGCUGUUGGUGGGGAAGACCUGGACCCUUUUGGAGGUCGGAGUGGUGGAAUGAUCAUGGAUCCUUUCCGGUCUGGCUGCCCACAGCCUGGCAUUGACCCAUCAUCAGGCAUUCCAGACCGGCUUCCCCCAGGAGCAGUUCCACCAGGUGCCAGAUUCGACCCCUUUGGCCCAUUAGGAGCUGGUAGACCUGGACCAGAUCCUGACCAUCUUCCCCCUCCAGGCUAUGAUGACAUGUUCAUGUAGGAGCCACCACAUGGCUUCUCAUGGCUGUGGCCAGAGCAGUCUCAUGGGAAGCAGGAGCGCUUUCCCCUCUUCACUCCCCUUUUGGUGGACUUCAAUCUUUUCAGCAGCGUUUUUCUUCUCCCCAUUCGGGGCCACGUUCCUGUGUAUCAGAUCAGCUAUAAAGGUUCUCUUGUGUGCAAAACAGAAGAGGAGGCAGUAGGUUCAUUUCUUUCCAUGCUCCUCUGAGGGUGCCCGGCCGUUUGCACCUGGCUGAUGUGGUCCUGCUCCGCAUGAGGUGGCAGUGUGGGGUGCGGUGCUCCGAGAAGAGCCUGGGUGCUAUGGGGUUUCCUCCUCUGCUUCUCCAGGGUGGCACCACUUUUGCUGCUGGGGUUACGCAAGCAGUUGGUGCUGAGGGGGGAGCUGGCUUCUUGCUGCUGUGCUGGGGAGCUGCAGUAGCCUCACUGAAGGUGACAGCCAGACAGCCAGAGUGGGUUCCCCAUGCAGAGAUGGUUUCUCUCUUGCUCUUCAUCCAAGUGAGGGGCUGAUCAGUGUAAAGCGCUAGAAAGCCCAACCUGCAGGGUGUCCCUGGGCAGACCCCCAGCAGCAGCUCAGAUCAUCUCCCACAGGGCUGUGCCCACUGGCUUUAAAGAGUACCACCAGCAAAGCCUUUAAUGGGCAUGAGAAGAGACAUGUUGAAUUCCUGACCCUACCUUGCCCCCUUUCUCCCCUGCAGCUGUGUGAUUUUCAUUCCCAGGGUGCAUGCAAAGCCCUGCAGGAAGAGUGGUGAGGGCUGCCCGCCAGGCACCACACGGGGCUGGGGUGGGAGGGAGGGUGCUCGGUACCUGUACAACCUGCCAGGCCCAGCAUUGGCUCUGCAGGCAUGGCAGAGCUGAGCCCAGCACCGAGCUGGGGCCCUUCUGGGGAUGUGUGCAGGGGGCUCACUUGGCUGUGGGAUUUGCUUCGCAGAAGAGGUUUAUAGAACAUGUUUCCCUACCGUCAGUCCCAUUGCGUGAGGCUGGUGCGGCUCUGCCUGGCUGAACUCUGCCAAACAGCUCCGGGAGAAUGGGUGAGAUCUGUGUGGCUCAGCCUCCCAAGCAAUAUCUGGAAACCUCCUCCCUUCCUCACAGCUCCCCCAGGUCAGUUAAUUUGGGGGCUGCAGAUUGUCCUGCCAGGGGUUCAUACUAUGUUUUUCUUCUCAUGUUUUGAUUUCUUGGAAGGAUGUUCAUGAGAUUGUAAUAAAAACCUAACGAC